UUGCAGAGUACGUUCGCCCGAAAAGCGUUUCCUUGCUGGGAUGAACCUGCUUUGAAGGCCACAUUUGACGUAACAUUAGUUGUACCUGAAGACCUUGUUGCGUUGGCAAAUUCGGCAGAAGAAGUGGUGACUAGACUUGAAAAUGGUUGGAAGGAGGUCAAGUUUUUACCAACGUGUCAGAUGUCCACGUAUUUGGUCGCGUUCGUCAUCGGCGAUUUAGCGUACGUUGAAGGACACACUGACGAUGGCAUUCAGAUUCGAGUGUACGCCGACCCUAGUAAAGUGGAUCAGGGCCGGUAUGCCCUGGAGGUUGCCCAGAAAGGCUUAAAAUUUUACGGAGAAUAUUUUGGCAUCAAGUACCAGUUAUCAAAAUGUGACCUUGUUGCCAUUCCAGACUUCGCGAUGGGUGCGAUGGAAAACUGGGGCCUGAUAACGUACCGCGAAGUUCGUUUAUUGCUGGACGAAACCAAGUCUUCGUCGUCCGUGAAGGAGGACAUUGCAAAUACGGAAUGGUGGACGGACCUAUGGCUGAACGAAGGCUUUGCCACCUGGCUGUCGCAUCAUUUCGUCAACAUAGCGUACCCGGAGUUUGACACGUGGACGCAGUUCGUAAACUUGGAAACAGCCAGGGCGAUGAAGCUCGACUCGUUGCACAGCAGUCAUCCAAUUGAGGUUACCAUAAACGAUCCCGAGGAGGUGGAAACCAUCUUCGACGUUGUUUCGUAUUCAAAAUCAGCGAGCAUCAUUCGUAUGCUUCACGACUACUUGGGAGACAAGUUGUUCCGCAAGGGCUUACAGACAUACCUGAAAAAGUUUCAAUUCCAAAAUGCACGUACGGCAGACUUUUGGCAAUGUCUUUCGGAUGCGUCGGGCCGCGAUGUCGCUGCAUUGAUGUCAAAUUGGACCAAGUGGAUGGGAUACCCCGUAGUCCAGGUGAGCAUGACUCACGUUGAGUCAGAGAAUCCAUUGAAACUAGAACAACGUCGUUUUCUGGAUGACGGAUCAAUAGAAGUCCCGUUCUAUGUUCAGCUGAACUACGGGUUUACGGGUUUCUAUCGCGUGCAGUACAGUGAACCGAUGCUCAACAGCUUGCUCAAAGCCGUCCGUCAUGAACAACUUUCCGCGGUCGAUCGACUGAACAUAUGCAACGAUAUUUUUGCUUUGGCUAGAGCUGGUAUAAUUCCGGCGGUCACCUACUUCAACGCGCUGAAGAGCUACAAGGACGAAACCGAUUACACGGUGUGGGCGGAUAUCGAUCAGGGAAUUGACGUUGUUUGGAACUGUCUCGAAAGAACGCCCUAUUUGAACAACUUCAAGUCGUUUUGCAGAUCUCUGUACAAACAUAUAGCUGCUAAAUUAGGUUCGGAACCGAUAGCCGGUGAAUGUAAGUACACAACAGUACAUAUUUUCUGUUUGUUGUCUGAUGCGGCAUGUUUGACGAAUGUCGAAGUGUAA